AUGAAUCUUAUAAAUAUUAACUUUCAUUUGUUGACGAGGUUGACAGGACCUCUGUUUGUUGGUGGAGCAACAGGCCUCAUAACAUUGGUUGUCUAUAUAUAUUUCAUUGAGAUACUGCCAGGUUUGCUACCUAAGAAUCAUUCCACUCUGUUUUAUUUCACAGGAUUCGAUCUACUUGGAGAUCUUAUCCUAUCAAUGUACAUAACCUAUUCAAUAUACUAUCAUUUUUUCAAAUGUAUAUCGAUGGAUCCUGGUUCACCAAGAUUUCCAUCUGUCGGUGGUGAUGGUACAACCUAUGAAGAUAACAAUGACAACAACAAUGAAACUAGUAGCAGUAAUAACAAUAACAAUAGUAAUAACAAUAAUAAUAAUAAUAAUAGCAACAAUUAUAAUAUUAGUAAUGAAGAUGAUGAAACUAUACAAAUGUUUGGUGAUAUCGAUUUAACAAGCCGAUGGGGUUACUGUAAGAAGUGUAAGAGACCAAAACCACCUAGAUGUCAUCAUUGUAAUGUUUGUAAUAAAUGUGUUUUAAGAAUGGAUCAUCAUUGUCAUAGAUUUGAUGAAUAUCAAAGAUAUCUAAUUAUUGUAUCGACUGUAAUGACAGCACUACUCCUUAUUGUAUUGGGUGCAUUUACAGGUUUUCAUAUGUAUUUAGUUUCAACAGGACAAACAACCAUUGAGAAUAUAGAUGGUAGUAGAGAUAAGAAAAACUAUAAUUUAGGUUGGCGAACCAAUUGGAAGUAUCUUCUUGGCAAAGGUAGUUAUUGGUUCUCCGGUUUACUACCGAUUGAAACCAUUCCCUAUGGUGACGGUGUAUAUUAUAUGACAAGAGAGGUUUACUUACAGAGAAUUGGAAGAAAUAGCAGUCGUAGUAGUAGGAGUAGAGUUAAUAACGAUUUAAUAUCAAACAAUAUAUGA